CUUGUUCUGGAUAGAGCCCGCUGUAGGGGAACGCCGAGGCUGAAAUGGUGGUACUCGUGGGAAAAGGCGCUUGAUCCUGCUAAUGAUGAUUCUUGAUAGGGGUGCAGAGCGGCGUCGAUCUGAAAAGCGUUUCGGAUCUCUGCAAGGAAACUUCUUUAUGCUUUGCGUAUAUCGGUAUUAACUUAACUGAUCCUAUGUUCAGAGGCAUAUACAGGGGUACUCAAAAACAUCAAGAUGACUUCUUGGAUGUGGUGGACAGAGCAGUCAAAAUUGGUGUUAAAAAGUUCAUGAUUACAGGUGGAAGUUUGCAAGAUAGUAAAGAUGCACUGCAGCUGGCACAGACAAAUGACAAGUUUUAUAGUACCGUUGGCUGCCAUCCUACCCGCUGUGGCGAAUUUGAGCAGGGCAACCCUGACCAGUAUUUAGCAGAGUUGCAAGGUCUAGCUGAGAAAAACAAAGGGAAGCUCAUAGCAAUCGGGGAGUGUGGCUUGGAUUUUGACAGAUUAGAAUUCUGCCCUAAGGCCACUCAACUCAAGUAUUUUGAAAAACAAUUUGAUUUAUCCGAGCAAACAAAAUUACCGAUGUUUCUGCACUGUAGGAAUUCACAUCCAGAAUUCGUAGAUAUAAUGAGGCGGAACAGAGAGAGGUGCGUAGGAGGAGUGGUACACUCUUUUGAUGGCACAAAAGAAGAGGCAGCAGCUAUAAUAGAGUUAGAUCUCUACAUAGGAAUAAAUGGUUGUUCACUGAAAACAGAAGCCAACUUAGAAACAGUGAGGUCAAUUCCCAGUGAAAGAUUAAUGAUAGAAACAGAUGCUCCUUGGUGUGGAGUGAAAAAUACCCAUGCUGGUUCAAAAUAUGUAAAAACUAUGUUCCCUACAAAAAAAAAGUGGGAACUGGAACACUGCCUGAAGGACAGAAAUGAACCUUGUCAUAUAAUCCAAAUACUGGAAAUACUAGCAGCAGUACGUGAAGAAGAUCCACUAGAACUGGCCAACAUGACAUAUAACAAUAGCAUUAAAGUCUUCUUCCCAGAUAUGUAAAGCAUUUAUGUAUUAUGAUAAAACCUGUUAAUCCUGUUUAUGAAGUAAAGAUUUAACUUUUCUCUGCAUCAAA